AUGGAAAAGUACAAGUCACGCAAACAAGAUCUUCACCUUAUUUUCAUUGAUCUCGAAAAGGCGUUUGACCAAGUUCCUAGAGAGCUAAUCUGGCAAGCACUAAGAGCGCAGUUGGUGCAGGAACAUUAUAUUGAGCUCCUCAAAGAUCUGUACCACGACGUAACAACAAAAGUGGUCGGCCCAGCAGGGAAAAGUGAACCACUUGAAGUUGGAGUGGGGGUUCACCGGGGCUCAACCGUUAGCCCUCUCCUAUUCAACCUAGUAAUGGACUAUAUCACUAUGGACAUUCAGAAAUCAGCACCGUGGUCACUUCUAUACGCUGAUGAUGUAGUACUCAUAGCCGAAUCGUUGACAGAAGUACAAUCAGACCUGACACUAUGGCAGGAGUCCUUAGAAAGAAGAGGGAUGAGAGUGAAUAGAGAGAAGACUGUAUACAUGUACUGUAACUUUUCUGGUGCCAAAAUGGAUGUUAUUCCAUGUCCAUCUAUCGAAGGUCGACCUCUUGAAAGAGCUCAAGAGUUUAAGUAUCUCGGAUCCAUUGUAGCACCAAAGGCAUGUACAGAAAGAGAUAUACAAAACAGAACCCAAACAGCUUGGUUAAAAUGGAGAUCGCUGUCUGGUGUACUAUGCGACUCCCGUAUGCCUAUUAAAAUAAAGGGCAAUAUAUACAAAAGAGCAGUAAGACCAGCUCUGCUAUAUGGAUCGGAGUGCUGGCCGAUGAGAAAGACGGACGAACAAAAACUUCACGUCACUGAAAUGAAAAUGUUACGUUGGUCAGGAGGAGUUUCUAAAAUGGAUAGAAUAAGAAACUGUUAUAUCCAUGGUAGAUUCAAGGUUGCUAUGGUGCACGAGAAGCUUAGAGAAAACCGUAUGCGUUGCUACGGACACGUGAUGAGACGAGAUGAUAGCCAUGUUACUAAAAAAGUUAUGAACAUAGAAGAGGGGAAGAAAGGUCGUGGACGACCACCAAUAACCUGGCUGCAAACAAUAAAAAACGACCUGAAAUCUACUAACAUGCCAGAAACGACUACCCACAAUCGCACGAUGUGGCGCAAGAUUACUAGGAGGGCUGACCCCAAUUAA